AUGGAAUCUGGGACAGCUUUUAGACAUUCCUCACACCUCACUAAGUAUAUAAGAACUGACAGUGGAGAAAGGCCCUUUGAAUGUACGGAAUGUGGGAAAACCUUUAGUAAGACCGCAUACCUCACUCAACAUAAAAGGACUCACAGUGGAGUAAGGCCUUAUGUGUGUAAGGAAUGCGGGAAAGCAUUUAGUAGGACUUCACACCUUACUCAACAUAAAAGGACUCACAGUGGAGAGUUGCCAUAUAAAUGUAAGGACUGUGGGAAAGCCUUUAGCAAUUCCUCAAACUUCAUUACACAUGGAAGAAUUCACAGUGGAGAGAGACCUUAUGAAUGCAAGGAAUGUGGGAAAGAUUUUAGAUGUUCCUCUCAACUCACUGCACAUGUAAGAAUGCACAGUGGAGAGAGGCCUUAUGAGUGUAAGGAAUGUGGGAAAGUCUUUAGAUACUCCUCAAACCUUGCUAUGCAUAUAAGGACUCACACAGGAGAAAGACCCUUUGAAUGUAAGCUAUGUGGGAAAGCCUUUAGGUGGUCCUCAAAACUCAGGGAACAUAUGCGAACUCACAGUGGAGAGAGGCCUUUUGAAUGUAAGCAGUGUGGGAAAGCCUUUCCUUAUUUCUCAUCGCUCUCUAACCAUAUGCGAACUCACAGUGGAGAGAGGCCCUUUGAAUGUAAGCCAUGUGGGAAAGCCUUUCGUUAUUUCUCAUCCCUCACUAACCAUUUGCGAACUCACAAUGGAGAGAAGCCUUUUCAGUGUAACCAGUGUGGGAAAGCUUUUAAGUGUUCUGCAUCCCUCACAACACAUACGGCAAAUCACAAUGGAGAGAGGCCUUAUAAAUGUAAGCAAUGUGGGAAAGCCUUUAGCCAGUCAUCACACCUCACUAAACAUAAAGUCUCUGAACUGAUAAGGACUCACACUGGAGAGAGGCCUUUUGAGUGUAAGGAAUGUGCGAAAGCCUUAAGCCUCAAACUUAAGCCUCAAACCUUCCUGUGUGUACAAGAUUAG